GGGCUAUGGACUGCAUUGUUCACGGAGCAGCUCGAGUGCCAGACUUUACAGAACCAUGUGGUGGACACUAUUGUCAGUCAUUACUGGAGUGCUUAUACUAGUUCUCCGUUUCUCCACUCGCAGAAGGCGGAGAAAUGAGCCUCCUCUGGACGAAGGUUGGAUUCCAUGGCUGGGACAUGCCAUUGAGUUUGGGAAAGAUGCUGCAAAGUUUUUGGCCCGGAUGAAAGAAAAACAUGGAGAUAUAUUCACAGUGCGUGUUGCCGGUCUCCGUGUGACAGUGCUGUUGGACCCACACUCAUUUGAUAGUGUGCUGAAUGACAGAGAUUCCUUUGAUUUUACCCGGCUCAGAAGCCAGGUCAUACAAAAGGUGUUCAGUCUGCAGCUGACAAACAUCGAGCCUAUCUUGGAGAGGAAAUGGAUGGAACAGCAUUUUCAAGGUUGCAGCCUUCCCAAGCUCAGCAGCUCCAUGAACACUCACCUUCAGACCCUGCUCCUGCAUUGCCACAAUGGGUCCGCCCCUUCAGAGUGGAAACAAGAAGGACUUUUUGACCUCUGCUAUAGUCUUCUUUUUAGGGCUGGAUAUCUUACAUUCUUUGAGAGGACAGACAACGCGGCUGCUGCUUACCAAGAGUUUCGCAAAUUUGACAAUCUUCUCGCCAAACUGGCUCGUGGCUCACUCAGGCGCGAAGAACGCAGAACAGUCAGCCACUCGCAGGAGCGACUGUGGGAACUGCUUUCCCCGCACGGGCUGAGGGGAGGGUCAGAGUCAAGCACCUGGCAACAAAGUUACUGUGACUUCCUACAACAGGAGGGGAUAGAUGCAGAUAUGCAGAAAAAAGCCCUGCUGUUACAGUUGUGGACCACACAGUGUAAUGCUGGACCUGCUGCCUUUUGGCUCCUUGGCUUCCUGCUCACUCACCCAGAGGCCAUGGAGGCUGUUAAGUCAGAGAUCAGAGGCCUUUCCACUCGACGGGAUACUUCCUUUCAGCAGCCCCAGAACAACCCGCUGGAAGCGCACAGCACACCUGUAUUUGAUAGCAUUUUGAGUGAGACCCUACGGCUCACUGCUGCAGUAAUGAUCAGAAGAGAGGUGGUGCAGGACAAGAUCCUGGACAUGGCCAAUGGAAAGAGGUACCACCUCAGACGAGGGGACAGAGUCUGUCUGUUCCCUUUCCUCAGCCCUCAAAUGGACCCACAGAUACACCAAGAGCCACAGACUUUCAAGUACGAUCGCUUCCUAAAUGAUGAUAUGACAGUGAAGGAUGAAUUCUACAAGGAUGGAAAAAAGCUGAAGUAUUGCAGCAUGCCUUGGGGUGCAGGGAAAAACAGCUGCGUUGGGAAAGAGUUUGCUGUUUCAACUAUUAAACAAUUUGUCUUUUUGGCUUUGACCCAUCUUGAUCUGGAGCCGUGUGACCCUGAGGCUAAACUGCCUCCUGUUAAUCCCAGUCGUUAUGGGUUUGGGAUGCUCCAGCCAGACGGAGACCUGCAGGUCCGAUACAGACUGAAGAGAACAUAGCACCUUACUGUACAAACUACUUACUGACAUACUGUAAUGUUAUUUAUUCUUAUAUUUGAUCAGUCCACCUUAAAUCCUAUUUAACUUUUUAAUUUUUGUAAUUUUGUAUGUUAAUAAAAAACUGAAUG